AUGGAGUUGUCAGCGAUGUACCAGGUUUCCAAGAGUGAAAAGGUUCUAGAUGCAGAAAAAGAUUUAAAGAAAGAUCUAGCAGAGUUAAAGUCUGAAUUAGAAGAAAAUGAAAUGGUUCAUGGAAUCCCUGUGAAAACGAUAAGCUCUGUUCCUCUGCCAAGAGAUGUAGAAUAUUUUCAACAGGAAAGAAAACAGGUUAUCAAUAGAAUUUUUCAGGUUAGUGAAGCUGCACCAUUAAAAUGUCAGGCUGAUAUUAUGAAAGAAGAACUGAUAACAUGUGAAUCUACAGAAUAUUCCAUUGAAAAUUUACCUUUAUUACUUCAUCAGCAUUUUACUGACAGACUUCAGCAAUUAGUACAAUGUAAACAUCUUCAUAUGUUACGAUGGAAAAGAUUCUGUGAACAUACCAGUACUAUUGAGGCACUGUUUCCAGUUUAUCAACAAAGAUUAGCGUAUGUGUUUUCUUGUUUUCAAGUAUUGUGA